AGCCGCCGCCGUCUCCGCCGUCGCUCCGACAGCCGUCGCCGGUGGUCGCCUCGCGCACCCCGGCUUGGCUUUCGGGCCGCUGCCUUCCAUCUCGACAUCCCGCCCGGAGGAAGCUGAGGCUGAAGCUCGGCCGGGGGACGGUCCGGCCCUGCAUCUGCGCGACUGGCGGCAGUGACAGCCCGGCCCGACCCGCCGCCCGCCCUAGCCUUCACCCUCGGCGCCCGCAGCCACCAUGAACCGAGGCGGCAGCAGUCCGUCGGCCGCCGCCAACUACCUGCUCUGUACCAACUGCCGGAAAGUGCUGCGGAAGGAUAAAAGAAUAAGAGUAUCUCAACCCUUGUCAAGAGGACCAAGUGCCUUUAUUCCAGAGAAAGAAGUUGUCCAAGCAAACACAGUGGAUGAACGAACAAACUUUCUUGUGGAAGAAUACUCUACAUCUGGUCGUUUGGACAACAUUACUCAGGUCAUGAGUUUACACACUCAGUACCUGGAGUCUUUCUUGCGAAGCCAGUUUUACAUGUUGCGCAUGGAUGGUCCCCUUCCUCUACCAUACAGGCACUACAUCGCCAUAAUGGCUGCAGCUAGACAUCAGUGUUCUUACUUAAUAAACAUGCAUGUGGAUGAAUUUUUAAAGACUGGAGGUAUUGCUGAAUGGUUGAAUGGUUUGGAAUAUGUACCACAAAGACUGAAAAAUCUUAAUGAGAUAAAUAAGCUGCUAGCACACCGACCCUGGCUGAUCACAAAAGAGCACAUUCAGAAACUUGUCAAAACUGGAGAAAAUAAUUGGUCUCUGCCUGAGCUGGUACAUGCUGUGGUCCUAUUGGCACAUUAUCAUGCUUUGGCAAGCUUUGUUUUUGGUAGUGGCAUCAAUCCAGAAAGAGAUCCAGAAAUCUCCAAUGGAUUCAGGCUAAUAUCAGUCAACAAUUUCUGUGUUUGUGAUCUUGCUAAUGACAACAACAUAGAAAACGCAUCCCUUACAGGCAACAACUUUGGGAUUGUGGAUUCUCUAAGUGAGCUAGAAGCCUUAAUGGAAAGGAUGAAAAGGCUUCAAGAAGAAAGGGAAGAUGAAGAGGCAUCUCAGGAAGAAAUGACCACGCGAUUUGAGAAGGAGAAGAAAGAAAGUCUUUUUGUGGUCUCUGGAGAUACUUUUCAUUCAUUUCCUCAUUCAGAUUUUGAAGAUGACAUGAUUGUAACAUCUGAUGUCUCGCGGUACAUUGAAGACCCUGGUUUUGGGUAUGAAGACUUUGCGAGACGAGGAGAAGAACAUUUGCCAACAUUCCGAGCUCAGGACUACACCUGGGAAAAUCAUGGGUUCUCCCUGGUGAACAGACUUUAUUCAGACAUUGGACAUCUUCUUGAUGAGAAGUUUAGAAUGGUCUACAAUCUCACCUAUAACACUAUGGCCACCCAUGAGGAUGUUGACACAACCACACUGCGCAGAGCUUUAUUUAACUAUGUUCACUGUAUGUUUGGAAUCAGGUAUGAUGAUUAUGACUAUGGGGAAGUUAACCAAUUACUUGAACGAAGCCUGAAGGUUUACAUUAAGACAGUAACCUGCUAUCCCGAGAGAACUACAAAGCGCAUGUAUGAUAGUUACUGGCGGCAGUUCAAACACUCAGAAAAGGUUCACGUAAAUCUACUUUUAAUGGAAGCAAGGAUGCAAGCUGAACUGCUUUAUGCCCUUCGGGCUAUAACUCGGCAUUUGACCUGAACCAUUGACCAGGGAGAAUGGCAUGUGUGUAAAGACCUUUUCACAUAUGAUUUACAUCAGAAACUAUUUGUGAUAUAGCAUCAAAAAUUAUCCAAUUCUCUAGUGUCAAAGAUUAGUCGUUGGGUUUUUUUUGUUGUUGUUGUUGUUUUUCUUUUUCCGGCUGUAAUGUGCAAUGAUGUGUUUUAUUUUUCUUGAUGCUUAACAUUACUAACAAUUGCAAAAAUAAUACUGAGGAGCACUACUUUGCAUUGUUUAUAGUUGGAUUUUUGGAUACUGAUCAUAAAUCAUGAACCUGGUUUGUUAAUGCUUAACUUCAAUGCUUAGGGGUUUGUGUGUAUGUAUACUUUUUUCUUUGCCCCCCAUUUUUUUAAAUAAGGAAAAGCGCUUACAAUCUGGUCAAGCUAAUUUUUUUUCAGAUAUUGGAAUUCAGCAAAGAAUGACCUCCUCUGGCCAUUCUAAAAUUUUCAUGUUGUGUCCUAAGUCUGGUGGAGGAAAAGCAUGCGCUGUUGAACCAAGCUGCUCAAUGGACACAAAUUUGUGUCCCCAGGAAAUUAUUUGUCAGGCACUGCGUUUUUGUUUAUUUGUUUGUUUGUUUUGGGGUUUGGUUGUUUUUUUUUCUGCUAUUGGCGAUAACGUGAAAUGUGAUACAGCCAUUGUCCAUUAUUUAAUGUGAAGUUAAUCAUGAUGAAUUCUAUCGCAUGCUACUGAAAUGCCAAAUUUAGCAAUUUUCUUUCUCUUCUAAACCGGAAGUUUCAGUUUUCCAUAUCAGAUGUAUAUAUGAAAAGCAGAAUUAUGCACAAUCCUUCCUAUCACUGACAGUACUUCUCAGUCACCUUAAAUAAUCAGUGCUCACAGUGCUGCUCACAGUUCUUUCAGUUGGCACAUAUAAACCUGUACCCACACAAGAGUGACCAAAAAUUUUCUUUGCACAUUUUCCUUUCUUAUAGUUUUUUCUAUAUUAUGGUAAGCAAAAGAAGGUUACAUGCCUAUAUUUUUCCAAUUAGGCUUUUAGAAAUUGUUUCCAUGAUUUUCUUCCUAUAAUAGAUUAAACAUAUUAUUAUUCAAAGGUUAAAAAUUGUGUUUCUAUGCAUUAAUGUGAUUAAACAACAACAAAAAAUGAGUGCAAUAUGUUCUAAGAAAUACGCAACUUCCCCCUAUUAAGUCACUGCAGAAGUGUCCUUUUAAACAGAGCCAUAAAGAAAUUUUGUGUAAAUUUCUUUAUUGAACUAGGCUUUUUUCAAUUUUACCUUACUGGGGUUCAAAAUGUUCUUUUAAUAAUGCCAAAGCAUUUCUCUUCCCCAGAAAAAUCUCUUUGGACAACUGGUUAAAAAAAGAUGUCAAGUCAUAGGGGAGGAAUAAGCAGCCAAAAAGUCACAUUUUUGCAUUGGUUUAUGUUGCUUAUUAGACUAUCUUCAGAGAGCACAACAUUAUGUGUUUAUAGCUUUAAUUUGUAUUAUGUUAAUGAACCAGUGAAGUGCCUAAAGAGAUGCUUACAACUAUCCAGUAGGACACAACUGCACUGCUUAAACACUUUUUGGUUAAUUAAGGGUGACUUGAAUUUUACACAUACAUAUUAGUUUUUAAAAAACAUAUUCAUUUUUAAUAGUAAAUAAUAUAGCUAAAAUUUUCCGUUAUAUUUCCCACAAAGAUUUCAGUUUAUAUAUACUUACUUAUUUUAUAGGACCUACUUUUUUCUCUCACGAAAGGAUCAUGGGGUAGUGUUUUGUUAAGUCACUUUCCCAUUUCAUUUGCCAUCCUUCUCUGGUACAGUACAUUAAGUUGCUUUGCUUUAGCUUUUGUUCCAGAUAAGAAAACAAAGAUGACUAUACACUGUUAACAUAUAAGAUAGUUUGCAUUUUUGGAUUCCAGGAUCUUAUUUGAAAUCUUCCAUGUGAGGAAAAAAAGUUACUAAUAUUUUUGAAGACAGGGUGGUUUAUUUAAAGAGACUAUUCAAAGAACUCACGCCAGAUCUCUUGUGUUUUGUUUAUUGCAUAUACCAUAUGUUGAUUUUCUUCAAUAUCAAAUUAUAUAGAUACAUAUUAGCUGCAAGGAAAGUAUUUAGGAGAAUGGCAAAACACAGAUGGCAGCAUAAAUGUUCAUUAGAUUUCCCUUACCUUAGGAUUUUCAAGUUGAGGAUAUCUUUUAUUCUUGUGUUUGUUUUCUUUUUAGAAUCUUUUCAAGUAAUAGCCCUAUAUUUUUGUGCAGGUGAAUUGUAUUACAGGAAGAAAAAUGAUUUUUAUGUAUUGAAUAGAAAGAGAAAUUCUCACAGGACACCAGAUGAGCUUUAGACCAAAAGGGGAAACAAAGUUUAAAUAACUAAAAUGGCCACUUAAUUUUUCCUUUUUACUUUUUCCCCAGAAAUAUAAGUAGUUAGAGGUUGGGUUAUAGAAAUAUUAGUGCCUUUAAUAGAUCUUUUUCCUAGCAAAGUUUCUUUUUAGCUCAACAUUGAUCUGUCUUAUUAAUAAUCAGGAAAAUAAGUUGACUUGGAACUAUAAACAGAAAUAACAUAAUAUAUUAAUAAACCUCAAUGAACCAGCCUAGGGUAAUUGACUAGUGAAGGUGCCAAAGCACCUGUUAGGAUGCAGCAUGCACAGCGUUCCAGGCUUGGCUCCCAUCUGACCAAGAGUUUGCUGUCCACUCUCUUUAUCCAUUGCAAACUUGAAAUUCUGAUGCGGUUUUGCAGGGUGGUAUUUUUUCAAAGUAUUGAAUUUACUAUGUAGUAAUUUAUAGUGUAGUUUUUAUAUUAAAAAUGUGAUAUUUUUAAAAAGAGAUAUCUGGUUCAAUUGGUAUAACGAAGUGAUUAUCUGAUAUGCUAAUCUACACCUUGGGCUCACAUUGUGCCAAACUUAAAUGUGCAAAUAUAUGUGAAAAAAAGCACAUAUGAAUGUGAAUUCUUUAAUUACAUGCUUAUUAUGUUAAAAUCAGUCUAAUAAUCCACUUGUGUGUGCUUGAGUAAUAUCUACUUUGGAAUUCCAAGUUUUCCAGCUUUGAUGGUAACUCUUAAUUUUUCAGAUCACCUUAGGAAAUAUUAAAAUGCCCCCCUCCUCCACCCAUGUGAAAUUAAACCUGUUCUUUAACCCCUUGACUAUGGAAAGGUCCAGGCAUGUGCCUCAGAACCUUCAGGUUAAGUUUCCUCAGGUGGGCUUGUGACAAUAAAAGGGAAAUGGGUUUUAGAGAUGGGACUGCUUCACCUUUAUGAACUAAGUAUAUUGUCUCAAUCUCAGGAAGAAUUUGUCCCACAUGGGCUACUCUUUAAAUCAAAGUUGGAAAACAUGGAAUCUGGGACAAUUCCUUGGCUUUUAAUUAUGGUUUUAAACCCAAAUAAUGGCAGAGCAACACAGGGCUGUUUUUAGAACAGAAAACUCAAAUGUAAAGUUUAUUUAAAAUAUCAUAUAAAAUUUGAACCAGAGCCCCUGUUUUAUUUGUGCUUUAAUGUCUCCUAAAGACUUUAAAUACAUCUAAAAUCUAAUUAAUAUUAGUAGGGCAACUUUUUCCUUUCCCACAUUAUGAAGUUUUCUUAAUGAAAAACUUAGAUUUCUGUGCCGCAGCAAAAUAAAUUUAUCAGCAAACAAAGAUCUGAACUUAAAAUAGUUCACCAUUUUUUAGUGGAGAGUGCAUGCAAAUAUGGUGAGAUUCUUUUUAAACACUAAAGACAAUUCAUCAGGGAAAAUCACAAAUUUCAGGGCAUAUGAGGCUUUUUGUUUUGUGUUAUAUUGCUUUAAAAAGAAUUCUAUAUAAUUUUUCUAAAAAGCAAGAGUUUAAAUUCUUCUUUUUAUCUCAUAGGUCUUCUUCAUCUUAAAUGCAAAGAAAUGGUCUUACAUGGAGUAAAAAGCACACAAUAGUAAUGCUGUACAAAUAGCAUAGUUCAACACCAAACUGAAAGACAUGUGAUUACUCUGCUCCCUGUUCAAAUCAAGUUUUCUGCUUUUAAAAUUUUUUUUUUAUUACUGGGGAUUGAACCAUUGACUUGCACAUGCUAUACAAGUAUCCUAUCAUGAAGCUACAUCCCUAGCCCUAGAUUAAAGGUUUUAAUCUUGGAUUUUUGUUUUUUUGUUUUUGUGAUGCUGGGGAUUGAACCCAGGACCUCAUAUAUGGCUAGGCAAGCACUCUGUUGCUGAGCCACACACCCCAGAUUGAGUUUGAAAUUAUGUAAUUUGUAUAAUCAGAACCCACUGUAGGUGGCCAUCAUCCUAAACUGUGUUUCCCUAAUAUACCUGUGUGGAGACUGAGAAUCAAAUUAAGUAGUCUUUCCUCAAAGCAGUACUGUAACCUGAAUGUAUUUAUCUCAGUCAACAGAAUUUAAAUGCCCACUGUAUGUGGAGCUUACUUCAGUGCUAAUUUGGCAUAGUCAGCAGUAUCUGCUCAGGUGAUACCUAGAACAAAAAUAGCCGGGGCAAAGUAGAUUAUGAGGUAGAGGUAUAUGUCGAGGCAGAACCCUGUGAGGAAUGAAUCGCUUUCAAAGAUCACAUGGAACAUAAAGCUGACACUGUGGCUGUCCUCAGUGUUGUGUACCUAAUACAAAGGAAACAUUUCCCACAUGGAGCUCCUACCUGCAUUUAGCCCACCCUUUCCUGCCUGCUUUCUCAUCCUCCAAGUGCCUCAACCUCUGUACAUGCACUCUGCUCCCCUUUCCUCAGCCUAUAUUGGUCUGAAUGCCUUUCACAAUCCAAACCAAACAUCACCAGCCACCUGCUGAUAGUCACCAGCAUUUACUUUUCUGAGUUACUUUUCUUCAUUCAUUAAGAAAAUGGCUGUGUCUCAGUUCCCUCUAAAUCCCUCAUCCAUCCAUCUAUAUAUACUUGGGCCAACUUUUGCCCUAGAUGCCCUACCAGAUGUUAUGCAGCAUCAAGUGUAAUCUUGUCCACCCCAUACUGUUUCUACCCUUUUCCCAGCUGCCAAAAUAUCUUGCUCUCCUCUACCUCAUCCCCAAAGAGCCUAUAAAUUUAGAGUAUCCAACCUUUUCAUGGGUUCACUCUCUGUUGUUCAGUAAUACUACUUCCAUAUUUUAAAUAAAUCAUAAAAGACUUUUGCCUUCUAUCAGAGUAGGAAUCUUUAUAUUUAUACAUGAUACAGAAAUUGAACUAUUUCUACCAUACAGAAUUUAGCAUUUAGCAGGAUUUUAAAGUGAUUGAAUUGCCAUCCUAAACUUGGAUCUAUAUUAGAUAAUGAAUACUGAUGUUAGACCAAGUUAUUUGAAUGUAAAGUUAAAAUUAUCUAGCAAUCCAGACUGACCUGUAACCCUUUAGUGGAACAGGAAAUUUCUGGCAUACAAAUAGGGUGGUUUUUCAGACAUUUGUUUUAUUGGUGGUGUUUGGGCCUUGACACAUUUGUCAUAAAAGGACAUAUGAAAAGAGGUAUUUAUACAGUCUGAGUGGAACACAGAAGACCAUUUGAUUUAAUGUAGAUAAAAUCCCACAAGACUGGACACAUGAGGGUUUGACCAGGACUUGCUGGGUUACGUUAAUCCUAUCCCCCAUUCCUAUCAUUUAAAAAAGAGGAAAUGCAGAGAGAGGGAAAAUACAAAUUCUCAUAAUAUAAUUUUAAAAAGAGGAAAUGCAGAGAGGAGGAAACUGAAAAUUCUCCUCCCGUUGAUGUACAUUCAGUAUGGCUCACACUAUAAAAUGUGUGUUUCUAACAUAUAGGAAACAAGUUUCUAACAUGGGGCAUGUGUAUCUACAGAUGCUUAUCUCAUCUGAAGAUGAACCCUAUUUGAAAGUGUAGAUUAUUAUGUUCUCUUGUGGUAUUUGAUGUUUUCCAUCUCAAUCAUAAAUAGCCCAACCUGGAAGCAGUGUCCAAUAAAUGCCCUAAGGACCCAGGAGUGAACUGGUGACCUAGUACAACUUGGAGACUGAUAGAGUUGUUAAAUCAUGUGUCAUAAAGUGUUCAUUCUAGCUUUAACCUAACUAUGACUGUACCACCAUGAAGUACAGAACUGAAAAAGAAAAAAAAAUAUAUAGGGGGGAAAAAUAGAGUACCUAGUUCUUUUGAGUGCUUGUGGAACACUCUAAAAUAAUGCAGUGCAUAACAUAAAAUAGCCUUUAGAACAAAGACUCCAUUUUAUAGUCAUAGGACAUCAUCAAGAAUUAGUAAGUCUUAAAUAUGAUAAAAUAUAAUUUUGGUAUGUAAAAUUUUGCUAAAAACAGUCUAUUUUCUUGCACCCCUCAAGUUAGCCUCUUAAAAAAAUGAAUGUAUAAUUUCUACAGAAAGACUAUUAAAGAAGGAGAGAGGAUCUCCAGUCUUUAAUGUUCAAAUAUUCUUCAUGGAUCCCAAAUCAUUAAGUGUAUACAUUAUGAUAUAGAAUAAAACUAAUUACACAUUUCUUUCUUAAUCAGUCUUCACCAUUUUCAACUGGAUCUCCCAACUCUGAUAAGAAUCAAAAGAUAGGAUAAAGGAAAUAUAGCAGUUAGGUGGCCAAGGAUUUUCCUUUGUAAAGUUGAGAAACAAUUUUCUCCUUUAUGAAUUUUACUGGUUCUCUAAAAUAAAAACUGAGUUAAACGGUACCCUUGUUCGCCAAGGAAAGUGAUCCAAACUCUAUUUCUAGUGCAAAUAUUUCCUUUGCAUUCAUAUGUCUUCUCUGGAGAGAAAGUACAAUUUUUCCCUUCCUCUUUCUCUUCACAUUAACUCUUUUAACCCAAAAUAAGAUAGACAGUGAAAGCAAAUCACAAGCCAGUUUGGCAUCUUCUCAGUGCUUAUAGAAUAUACACAUCCACACACAGUCUGAGCAAGGUAAACAAGAACCCUGUCAGGUCACCUUGGAAUGCGGCCUUGCCACUUGGAUUAGUUCCUUCAAACCUGAAAACAACUUUCCUGGUCAUGGAAGAACUGGAUGUAUCCUUUAACUUAUGAAAUAGAAUUUGAACUUGAAAACUCUUUUUAUUAAUCCUGAUUUUGCAAGGCAGCUACAUAAUGAAUGUAUAUAUUAAGACUUUGUAGCUGAAUUGCACAUGAAAUCAGAUUGCCAACUUCUUGACUUUUCAAUUAUAGGCAUCAUUUUAUCCUUAAGUUGUGAGCGAUAUAUGUAGCAUGCUGUGAAACGUCUAUUAUAGUUCUUUAAUUCAUCAGUAUUAAUACAGAAUUAUCCUUUGCGUUCCUUGGUACUUUUUAUUCAGUGUAAUCAAAAGCUGUGAUGUUUUGCCUUUGUAGUCCUGUGCUUUGUUACUGUAAUUUUUUUUUCUACGAAGCACGUGACUUUGGACUAAUGUUAAGGCGGAUGAUAUGAUCUUUAAGACUGCUAAUAUAUAUAUAUACACAUAUAUAUAUAUAUAUAUAUAUAUAUAUAUAUAUAUAUCAGUCUCUUACUCUAUAAGGAUUUAAAUUAGAAUAAGCUUUUAUCAAAUAGAUCAUUGAUGCAGUUUAGGAUUCACGCAAGUUUCAGUGUCAAAUGGCAGUCUUAUAUUUAUAGUUUCAAUUCUGAAAAUAGAAAAUUUAAUAAAACAGCCACUUUAAACUUGUUCUGGCAAACCAGACCCUGCUGUAGAUAUAGUCUAAGGUAGUUAACCAUAUAAGCCUUUUCAACUCUUAAAUGCCACAUGAGUCAGCAGUUAAGGAGAUUUUAGAACCCAUGAAAGCUUUUUGUAUGUAUAACUAGGUUUUAUUUUUUUUAUGUUGCUGAUUUUACAAUUCUGACUAAAGCUGACCUGAAUGGGUCAGUUUAUAAUAUUCUAGUGCUUUAAUGCCUCUUUUUGUUUUUUUAUUUUUUGUUUUUGGAGGGAUGGGUAAUAUUAUUUGAACAGAUGUGGAAGGAACUGUUAGUGAGUCAAGACAAACACAUUUGAAAUAAAGGAAUUGUGUAUUAACAUGUUAACAAUUCAUAACUGCACUUUUUAUGACAUUUUGAAAAUCUAUUUAUAGGUACAGAACAAUGGGUUUUGUUAAACUGUAUCACAUUUAUACUUGCAGAAAUUUAUUUCAUUGUUAUUAGUAGGAAUUUUAUUGGUUCAAUAAAAUUGGCAAAACUGAACCCAA